AUGCCGCAUGCCAACUUACGAUCAGGAAUACAAGAUGCGCUUCCGGGCGGAGAUUGUGGUGCUGCCGAAGAACGGUCACUUUGCUCUGUCGGCCGCGACCGGAGUGCUUGCCGGCGAUCACGACUGUCCCAUUUCCUGACUACUUGGUUGCAUAUUCCGGGUCAGGUCACGGAGGAGCAGACGAAGUUAGGUCUGGAGAACUGGUUCGAUGAGUACAACGCUCGCGAGCUCCGUCAGAUUUGGGAAGCUAAAACGGCCACGUACAACCAGCUGCGAACGAUGAACAGCAAGCUGGACGACAUGCAGAACUUGCUGAACAAAAUGCGCGAUGGAAUGAACCAGGUGAAGCAGGGCGUGGCGAGCGUUAAGCAGAGGAUGCAACAGUCGCAAUCGCAAGCCAAUGUGCAAUGCCAGAACUGACGGCCUUCCUGAUGACGAUCGUGAUGCACCUGCUGGUAAUAGUCGCGUACAACAUGUAUAGCGUAAGUAGUAACUGCUAUAAUUGUAUACAAAAAUAGUAUACUUAUCAAAUUUUUUAACCUUUUCAGCGAUUGCUGAGCCGCACAGGCAAAAAGUUCUACUAGAGACUAUACUUUCCGGCCAGCUGUCUGUACGCGCCAAGGAUGAUUGCGUCCAGUGCUUUGCGAAGCGGUAUACAAUUGUAGUCGUGAGGAGGCAGCCG